AUGGCAGCUCCACCGGCGGCUAGUCUUACGGAUGCGGUCGUUGCUGCGAUGAGAACACUUUUCCCAGAAGAACUAGCAGAUAAUGCGUGGGAUAACACAGGAUUACUUCUCGGACAAGCCCCUUUGUCGUCAUCCUCAGUGAUUAAAAAGGAGACUGGUGGUACCGUUCUUCUCACCAAUGACUUAACUUCCGUUGUGGUGGACGAGGCAUUGGCAGAAGGAGCCAAUAUGAUUGUCUGCUAUCAUCCCAUUAUCUUUAGACCUCUAAAAUCCCUUACUACCAAGGACCCCAUGCAGACUCUCCUCUUACGCCUAGCAGCUGAGAGGAUCUCCGUCUACUGUCCCCAUACGGCCAUGGACGCAGCGAGUGGAGGACUUAACGACUGGCUUUGCGACAUCCUGUUAGGUGGAGAACACCAGGUGCAGCGAACAGUCGUCCAACCCAUUUCUAGGCCUCUACCUGAAGGGCACGAAGGCACUGGCUAUGGACGAGCAUUUGAGUUGGCUCAGCCCAUCAACUUGCAGACCCUUCUGCGGCGACUCUCUGCCGGUAUAGGCAACCAACGAUAUAUGAUGGUCGCUCUACCGCCGUCACUAAAGGACCUCACCAGGACGCAGGAAAUCACCAAGGUGGCUGUCUGUGCAGGUUCGGGUUCUGAUGUCUUAAAAGAUACCGAUGCUCAGGUCUUGGUGACGGGUGAGAUGGCGCACCAUUAUGCGCUCCGGCAUACCCAGCUAGGCCAGAUUGUCGUCACCGUCUUCCACAGUAACUCGGAGCGGAAGUAUCUAGAGACGAGAUUAAAGCCCAUGUUGGAGGUCGAAUUGGAGACGACGGCGUACGGGGACACCCGCAUAAUUGUUAGCAAAGCGGACCGUGAUCCCUUCGAGGUAAUCGACGUUAGAGACCUAGCCUAG